AGUUCAGCAAACCCAUGAUCUAGCUAUGGCCCUCACACCAGCCCAAACGAAACACAACACCCUUGGCGAGAACCUAUCGAACAGGAGCCACGAUGCAUUCAACAGCCUUUCUGACGAACUUCUGCUGAUGAUCACCCGGGAAGUGGACGAAGCUAGCGAAACCCGCCAUCCACUACACGCCCUCUGUGCUGUCAAUCGACGAUUCAACCGGCUUGCCGUUCCCCUACUCUAUCGCGAGUACUGCUUCGACCACUAUGAUUGUGGAGUACAUUCACGGUUUAUUCGCACCUUGCAAGCGGCACCAGCUCUUGGAAAGCUCGUCAUACGAGUGACGGUUGCGCAUCAGACGUUAAAACUAGACAACGUUUCUGAAGCCGUCGAAGAGAUCCCCUGGCUGGACAUGUUACAAGCGGAACCAAAGACAGGGAUGAUCAGGGCUGACCCUUUCGAAGCUUGCAUUGCUCUGACCAUCUGCCUAACGCCCAAUAUCAAGCACCUCGAUGUCUACAACUACUACUACGGGGACCAAGAUGUGGCACCACCAAAGUACCUAGAACCGCUGCGGGCCGCCUCCAGUAACGAACCGGAUCCCAAGGCGCAUACCUUUGCGCAUCUUACAUCAGCCACUGUGUAUAUCAGCUCGAUGUUUCCCGGUGAGGUGUCGUCAGUGUUUUGCUUACCGUCUCUACGCUCUGUGCAUAUUCAUGGGACAAAACUACGUUCUAGGCUUAGCAGUCGCAGCUCCCAGCGAGCCCGCGACAGUUCCCCGAUCAUCCAAGGGUACUGGCAGUGCCCUCCUGGCUCAUCAAAAGUCAAGGAGCUCCAUGUUAGUGGAGUGUUCGCUUCAGCCGUCCUAAGCAUCAUGAUAGGAAGUGUUUCCUCUCUACAACGCUUCUGCUGCAGCGGAGAAGUAUAUCUCGAACAAGAGCCCGAUUGGUUCAGCAAAGUAGGCAAUGCGCUCCUUCAACAUCAGUCGUCGCUGUUGUCACUUAGUUUCAACAACAUAAACUGCGAUACCUGGGAUUCCAACAACCUACACUGGCCAACUGACCGGUUAAGCGUUCCCGACCAGCUUUGCAUGGUCAAGUCCUUGCAGUCGCUCCAUACCUACGUGGGUCUCUUAGUCCCGCUACUACCUUCCAACCUCCAACACAGUCCUGACCAACUCGCCGCGCUAACAACGGUCUUGCCUCCCACCCUUGAGCUACUCCUCUUGGAAGUGCCGCCUGAUUGGUCCCCUCAUCAAUUCCUCGACGUUCACGACCCCGAGGCCUGGAAAGUCUUCCCAAAUCUGAAAAGGCUUUAUCUCCGAUACCAAUUUGUCAUAUUGGAUGAUGUCCUGCCCACCGACGCGUUUCUUGAACUAGAGGCGUAUUUCAAGCGCACAGAGGUGGACUUUGCUUUUAGGAUCGACUACCAUUACUGUGUGGUUCAUAGGCCACCAGAUCAAUCGCACUACGAUGCUUGUGUCGAAGCCUUAGGAAAGCUGGGCCCAGCUGCCGCCAAAAUAGUGGGCCAUGGUCGUCCUUAUCGAGCCAUGGAUUGGCCGAACCCAGCUGGGUUGAUAUGUGAUUGUUUUGAUACCAACGGUAUGCGAGACUAA